UCAAUCUCAGAUGGGACAAGGCCAAGAACACAAGACACGAGCUGAACCUCAAGUUGAGAUUCAGGAAAGAGGGGAAAUAUUUUUCUUCUACAGGCCUAAAGUUGACAAACAAGAAGCUCACAGCGUAAAUGAUGUGCAACGAUUGUACCUCGUCUUGCGGCCGGAGUCCGGUGAAAAAAGUGUUGAAGAAAAACAAGAGCAGGAGUCCGGGAAAGAAGGCUUGAAGAAAGGAGAAACUGGCUCUGUAGGAAAUCAAGGUGGACACGGUAGCCAGGAAGUGAACAUCGAGAAGGAACCACUGUUGCGGUUCAUUGUGAUGGGACGGAAAAGUCUUCCGGAUCCAAGCCAGAAAUCCAGGCCUUACUGGGGUUUUGUUGAGAUUGUUACCGCAAAAAUUGAGGAUGUGAAAACUGCUCUAGCAGGAGAGGAGUAUGAUACUUCAACUAAAGGUCAUCGAAAAAAUCAACCAGCCAGGGCCGUGGGAGAAGGCGUUUACCGCAUUUUAAGGCACAGUCUAGGAAAAAAAAUGCACACUCAUUUAAUCUACAAGCUUGAAUUUCCACCAGAGAGCAAACAAAAUGAGCCUCAGGAGUCCCUUAACAUUGAACGUGAAGGCUCAUUUCUCAUACAAAUAAAGAACCCGGAUCAGCAUGGCAGUUCACAGUUUAGAGGGCUGCAAAACAAGCGCAGGGCCGUCUUUCCUGCCCAUCUGCAAGGCCGGUUCGGGCAAAAGCGAUAUUUCCCGGCUGACCCACCGGAUUUUUUGAACUAUGAGGGGUGUGAAUUCUUGCUGAUAGCAGCAUCUGACGAUAUAGAAGAGGAAUUGGGAUUGGAACUGGAACUGGAGACAGAAGAAGGGGAAGCAAAUGAAUAUUGUUCGGAUUUGGUGAAGACUUUUGGAGAGACAGCAUCAACUAGUGCACUUUUUCAAGGCACUUGGGUUUGAACUUUGAAUGAUGUUUAUGUAUUAUAAAUUUCAGUCGCUGAAAUUUUUUUAUCUUUGUUGUAAAAAUGGAUUUUUGUGAGAGAAAAUCCAGGAUUUUGGUAACAGUUUGUGUAAAUAGCUCUAUCU